UCUCUCCUUCUUUUUCAAUUCGUUUCAUUUUGAGUCAUAUAGAAGCACGGUGAUUUCGUACAAAUGGCUGUGACACCAGCAAGCGACGAGUUCAUUGCCCCGGAAAUUAAUUCAUUUGGGCAGUCAUUCAGGGACUAUAAUGCAGAAAGUGAAAGGCAGAAAAGCGUGGAGGAAUUCUACCGGCUGAACCACAUUAACCAAACGUACGAUUUUGUGAAGAAGAUGAGAGAGGAGUAUAGCAAGUUGAAUAGAGUGGAAAUGAGCAUAUGGGAAUGUUGUGAGCUCCUGAAUGAAGUUGUGGAUGACAGUGACCCUGAUUUGGACGAACCACAGAUUGAGCACUUGUUGCAAACAGCAGAAGCAGUUAGAAAAGACUAUCCCAAUGAAGAUUGGCUGCACUUGACUGCUCUUAUUCAUGACCUUGGAAAAGUGCUUCUGCUUCCUAAGUUUGGAGGGCUUCCUCAAUGGGCUGUGGUUGGAGACACGCAUCCUCUUGGGUGUGCUUUUGAUGAGGCCAUUGUUCACCACAAGUACUUCAAGGAAAAUCCAGACCACAACAACCCUUCAUAUAAUUCCAAGUACGGAAUUUACUCCCAUGGAUGUGGACUUGAAAAUGUGAUGAUGUCAUGGGGUCAUGAUGACUACAUGUACUUGGUGGCCAAGGAAAAUGGAAGCACUUUGCCUCAGGCUGGAUUGUUCAUCAUUAGGUAUCACUCUUUUUAUCCUCUGCACAAAUCUGGGGCAUAUGAACACCUAAUGAACAAGGAGGAUGAAGAGAAUUUGAAGUGGCUUCAAAUAUUCAACAAAUAUGACCUCUAUAGCAAGAGCAAAGUUCGAAUUGAUGUUGAGAAAGUAAAGCCUUACUAUUUAUCUCUUAUUGACAAGUACUUCCCAGAAAAGCUCAGAUGGUGAUCGGGGGAAAUGAUUCAUAUCAUAUAAUAUUUGGGAAAAAUUAUGAACCCUAAUGUGUGCUCUGUUUCAUACCUUCUUUAAUUUGUCCUGUAUGAAUAAACAAACGUUUGGUUAAAAUAUGAAAAAUAAUAUUUGUAUUUUUGUGCUGUUGUGCAUACACAUACAUACGUACUAAUAAAGAUUGGUUUUCUUCCAUUUU